CAUUCUUGCUCUUUCUCUUUUUGCUCACGCUAGAAGGUGACGCCAAUUUUUUUCGAGCAAUUCUAUCUAUCUUCGUUUCGCCUGUCACAUUUUCAAUUCUUCCCUCUGUCUCUUCUGUUAUUGGUGCUUGCCAUGAAAGAAAGAGACCCGCAAUACAGAAGAUCGAAAGUGGAUUUCCGAGUGCCGACAAUCUCGCAGUGACAGCGGAUGUGUAUGGUGAAACUUCGAGGAGAGCGCGAAACAAUCGUCUCAUAUCGUUUUGAAUGCGCCACCGACAAUAGCCGUUAAGAAAUCGACCAUUUUAUCGCUGUGAAUGAUUGUUUGAAUCGACGCGAAGUGUCAGCUGCUGUGUACUCGGUUACUUCGAUUCCUUCGAGAAACGCAGUUCGCGGUGCAGUGCCUUUGUGAAAGAGAAUGCUCCUCGCGGAGAGAAACGAAAGCUCGCAAGUCGGAUUCGUUUACGCCGCGUGAAACAAAUUAACCUAGCAGAACUGUUUAGUGUUAAGCGUGAAAAUGUUAAGUUUUGUUCAAUGCAACGAGAACGUUCCUGAAGAGGUGCAGAUUUUUUUAAGGGAUUCGAAGUUGUCCUGAAUUAUCAAAUGGACUUUUCCAGCGCAUGAAAGAAUCUGCAUAUCAACGUCAAACAUGUUCGGAUGUCCCAGAGAGGCUGUGCGUGUCAAAGUGAAGAAAUGCGAGACCAGGCAUCAGCCCGAGUAUCGCAAGUUCAGCGUGGACCCGCAGAUAACAUCUAUCGAAGUGCUUCAAAGUAUACUUAUCAAAGCGUUCGACAUCAAAGGGGAGUUCACCGUUUCGUAUCGAGCACUAGACGACUAUGGAUCAGAAACUUAUUUAUUUCUGCUUUCCGACUGGGACUUGGAUGCAGCGUUUAUCAGCGCUUCCGAGCCGUAUCUGUACCUUCAGGUCAACCUGAAACCUUUCGGAGAAACUGGCGACUGUGAAUGUUACUGGGAACAGAAUGCACAGGAAGCAUCGACACGACAAGAAACAGGGUUUCCGUACAGGACGCCCAAGUUACCUGGCCUCAUCAUGAAUAAGAUGGAGAGGACGCUGAGUAUAGUUCAGCGUGCUCUGGGUAACUUGGGCGAGGAAUCAUCCCAUCAACAAAGCAUCCAACCACCGCGAUUGCCAUUGACAGACGCGGAAUUUCGACGAUUUCUGGACCCCAUCGGACAAGUGAUACACCCUAAAGAACUGCGGGCCGUCAUAUAUUUCGGUGGAAUCGAGCCCAGCUUGCGUAAAGUGGUUUGGAAGCACAUUUUAAAUGUAUACCCUGAAGGUAUGUCGGGUCGCGAGAGAAUGGACUACAUGAAAAAGAAAUCGCAGGAAUAUCAAAAUCUCCGCGAAAGAUGGAAAACACUUGUGCAAAAGGGACAGAAUAUCGGCGAUUUGGGAUACGUCACGAGCAUGGUGCGGAAAGACGUUCUGAGAACGGACAGACAUCACAAGUUUUACGGUGGUUCUGACGAUAAUCAGAACACGGCCAGCUUGUUCAACAUACUAACAACGUACGCCUUAAACCAUCCUAGCGUCAGCUAUUGUCAAGGUAUGAGCGACUUAGCUUCGCCUCUUCUGGUUACUAUGAGAGACGAAGCGCAGGCAUACAUAUGCUUGUGUGCACUUAUGAGAAGAUUAAAGGAUAAUUUUAUGCUCGAUGGGAUUGCAAUGACUACUAAGUUUGCCCAUUUAGCGGAAGGUUUGCAACACUAUGAUCCUGACUUCUAUGCUUAUCUAAAAUCACAUCAAGCGGAUGAUCUGUUAUUUUGUUAUCGAUGGCUUUUAUUAGAAAUGAAACGAGAAUUUGCUUUGGAUGAUGCUUUAAGGAUGCUCGAAGUAUUAUGGGCUGCACUACCAGCGUCACCACCAAAUGGAGAACUUAAUCUCACUGAAGUACCUUUUCCUCCACCUUCGCCACCUCCAAGUCCAAACGUAAAGCACAUUCGUGAAAAUGCGUAUACAAAGGUCUGUGCUAUUAGGCGACAAAGUUCUUCCGCUAGUAUUGCCGCUACCGCGAAAAGAAAAAAUCUGAAUAUAGAGGAACUGUCUUUACAAUCUUCCGCGGAAACAAACGGAGAUUCAAAAAGAUCAAGUUCUCCUUUUGAAACAUUCUCUGAGCCAGAAAAUGAUUUAACAACGGUGAAGAAUCGAAGAAACACAGAAUCCACGGAAAAGUGCCUAAGUACAGGUUCUCUGCCUGGUAAAUCUAAACGUGUAAACUUACUGGAAUUGAAAGAUAGACUAUCGUUACCCAAUAAAGACCAAAGUAAAACUAAUGAACAAAACGAUAAUGAAAAAAAGUGCGCUCGAGUGGUAAAAAAUUUAAAUGAAUUUUUGAAUUUCACAAGUCUCAAUCGUAACAAAGUAACACCAAGUGAUACGGAACCAGAAUUGAGGCGAGUUCUGAGCGAAAGCGGAGUUAUUAGAGUGUUGAGAGAUGAACCAAAUUCUCCGGACGAUGCAACAGAUUUCUUUCCAAUGACUACUUCAAUGACUAGAGAAUUAAGACUGGAGGUAGAAUCACUCGAUCGACAAGUCUUCGGGCCAUCGCCACCCAGCGAUCAGCAAUGCGAUUGUGUUCUUUCCAAAAGAGACAGUGAACUAAUCGAGAGCGAAACGGAUACAGAAUUAGCAAGAUGUAGUCCAGCUGCGGAUGUGUUUGUCUGGGAGAAUCCCCUUCAUACAUUGCAACAUAAAAAUCAUCCAGCUACUCCCGAUGAACAAGCAGAGCUUGAAUAUGAUGGGGAAAUAAUGGAGGACCAGAAUGGUGUCAAAUCUGUCACCCCCAUUAGACUGCUAAAACGUGCUACUAGAUCCGAAUCCGCGUCAGAUAGCGAGGAAUCGAAGAGUUGGCAUCAGAAUGCAGCUGUACUCGAAAGCCCAACUAAGCAAUCUAUACAAGAACACUGCAAAGAAGCUACAGAACUUAUGAAUCUUAUUCCAGCGGGCACUAGUGAAGAUCAAUUGGGAGAAAGUUCUCUGCCUCCGCCUAACGAAUUCGGCGGUGGAAACCCGUUCCUUAUGUUCCUGUGCAUUACUCUUCUGCUUCAACACAGAGACUUUGUUAUGCGUAAUCAAAUGGAUUAUAACGAAAUGGCCAUGCAUUUCGAUAAAAUGGUCCGUCGACACAAUGUUGUUCGGGUGCUCAAUCAGGCAAGGCAACUGUUCGCUGGUUACCUUAGACGACAUUCUUCAUCAUCAGCCAUGAAAUCAGACUCCGUAAACGUAUAACCUCUAAUGCCCGAAUCUAACUACUGAUACCAUGUAAUAUGGAAUGUGAAACUAAUGACCUUCAAAUACAUUUUACUGAUCAAGUCAAAUUAUAAAGAAGUAAGUCCAAAAUAUGUUUUUUAAAUCGGAAAAAUGAAUCGAAAUACAUUUAUAUGGGAUAAUUCGAGAAACUAUAACGAGUAGUAGCUUUUUUCAAACGAAGAUAUAAAUAAUCGAUACGAGAAAAACUUGAAUCUCGUAA